GUUUCGGGGACUCAAAGGCCUCGUUCGCACCGCACCCCCCGACUACCCCGUCGCCAGCGACAACCAGGGCCCCGUGCCUCUGCUACUCUACAUGAUUCUUUUACCGUACCGAAUUACGAUUUGACGAUGGCGCCGCCGCUCAACAUGCUGAUCCGCGCCCUCGUGGCCUUCGAGGACGUCAUCAUCCGACAGAUCCUGAAAAGCCCCGGCUUCCAUCGCGGCGUCGGCCGGGUCCAUCGCUAUAUCGACGAGAAGCGCAACGGGCCCCUGCCGCAUGAGCCGUUGCGCCAGGGCCAGGCGUCUGCGAACCCGGAGGACCGAGGCUUCGUGCAGUACUUCCUCGACGAGCUCAAGAACCAGUUCCGCGGGACCCCGACGAACCCGCCACCUCCGCCCGGCCCGCCGAAGCGAUAGAACGGGUACUCGACGCUGCAGUUCCCGAACAACACGACGGAGACCAGUGGCAGACAUGGGAAUCUGGAAUGUGUUCUUGGGCUACGAGCACGUACAACUAAAAAAAAGACUUGGCCCAGUUCUUCGGGCGCCCCGCGACGAUCUCGGCAUGUCUCGAGAGUUAAUGAAUCGCUUGUCGACUACAAUCUAGGCUGCAUUGGUGACAAUGCACUAGAAACCCAUCUCUAACGACACCUCACUAUCUCAUCUUUGCGCCACCGCGCGGUACCGGCGUCUGGAGUACUACAGGACAGGUUCCACCAUCAAGCCCGAGGAGCCUUGCGCGAUAUUCCGGGACUAACACUGGAUCUUCGUUCUGCAUACGGCGUUUUGUGGGAGAAAUGAUUCUUCUGCAGGAAGGUCGCCUCGACACUCAAGUCCCCGUUGUACUUACAACAACUUACCAGAGAUGGAAACGGCUGAUACCUCCGGAGAGUGGAGCCCCGGCCCGGCAAGCCCGGCAAGAAUCUGGCCGGAACACGGACUCGGCAUCCAUCACUGGUGUCAGACCCUCCACCAACAUGAGGGAUUGAAAGUGCUCGAAAUACCGACCGGAAGAAGCAGUUGAACGGACGAUUAUCCCGUCUCGUCCUAGUCCUGCCCUGACUCGACAGACUGAUAGGCGCGGGUAGCAUCGCAUUUCAAUAAAACAAGCUUUCACACAUCAGUUCCAUUCAAUCCUCU